UGGCGAGACUCUUCUCCUGUAAAAGGCCUCCUCCCCCCCGGCCGGGCUGACUCUCGCUUUCAGCAGCAGAGGAGAGCAGCUGAGAUUCCCGCUGCAGUCAUGAUAAGAAGCGAAGUUUUCUCCUGUUUUGUCUUCUACGCCGUCCUCCUGGUGUUUAAAAUGUACGUUAUCGCGGUCCUAACGGGACAAGUGCGGCUGCGGAAGAAGGCUUUCGCCAACCCGGAGGACGCGCUGAGACACGGAGGGUUACAGUAUUACAGAGAAGAUCCUUAUGUGGAAAGAUGCCGGAGGGCUCAUCACAAUGACUUGGAGAACAUCCUACCGUUCCUCUUCCUGGGCGCCAUCUACUCCCUGACCGGACCUUCGCUGUCAUUGGCCCGCCUUCACUUCCUGGUCUUUUUCAUCUGCCGUGUCCUGCAUAGUAUCGCCUACCUGCUGCCCCUGCAAGCGCCCGCCCGCUCCGUGGCUUACACCAUUGCACAGAUACCGUGCGUUUCCAUGGCUGUGCAGAUCCUAAUUUCAGUCAUGGCUUACGCCUGAUACACAGAACUGGGCCUGAGGUGGUGUCUUAAAAAAAACUGAAUUCCUCUAGAAAAGGCAGCAAAGGUGCAACAUCACAUGUGUGAUCACAGCCAGGGUGGCCGCAGAGAUCCUGUCAGUAUUUUUUGCUCUAUUUGUGAAAUGUGACAAUGUCUUAAGAGGUAUUUGAAGUAUGGCAUUAGAUGUCCUCGUGUAUUUAAAACGCAAAUGAAGUUCGUCACCAGUUUGUUGGAAUUGUAAACCUCGCCCUGUGUCGUGAGUCGAUCCCUGCCCUGAUUUGUGUUAACGCACAACACAAACCCUCGUCGGUGUGGCCCGGGACACCGAUGGUGGCUUCAUCUACUUCCUGUGUGGGUGUUUCCACAAAAGCUGUGUGGAUCAUUACGCGGACUGAUGAGGUGUAACAGCAGAGAACACCACACAAGAGAAACGAGACAUGACUUCCUGUUAUUUUUUUCGUAUGCAAUAAUUUGACUCUUUUUUUGUAGUUAUAAUUUAUUAUUCAGCAUAGAGUCAUGUCUUUGCAGCAAAAAAAUAUUUUAUACUCAAAGCAAUAAAAUAAAUCCUAACCUCAUAAAAUGAAUGUUUAUGGAUUUCACAGCCAGGCGGUUGUUGUUGCAGCCUGGUUGUGCACGGACUGGUUUCAUAAGGGGACGGGGCCUCACUGAGAGAUGAGAUGAUCCAGAAGUCAGAGGCAACGCUCCAGCAUUCCUCCACCUAUUACGUAAAAAAGCUGAACUGGGCUGGAACAGCGCUGAAUAGACAAAGGCUGAAAUGCUAAUUCAUGCAUUUAUUCCUGCAUAAUUACAGCUGCUGUUCAGCAAAGUCCUAAUCUGUCCUCUUGUUUUUGUCUCUGCUGUUCUCGUUACAUAAAAUACCACUUAUGGUGAUUUUCCAACCAGUAAAGGUGACUAAACUUGAAUGCACAGAAUCUUUUGUGAGUUUUUUAGUCUGUUUUCUUACAAAAGAACAAAUACUAAUACUUUUAGGUGGGUGGAAUGGAAAACUCUGCUUUGAAAGAAUGAACUCCCGCAAAACCUAAUCUGGGAGACAAAUAAAGCUGACUAACAAAGAGCAA